AUGGCAACUCCGGCACAUUGCUUUUAUUGCUUCGAGAGCCUGGCUGCUUCGUACGAGGGGAACGACCCUAUUAGCCUUGCUGCUGUUGAGGAGUUAUGGGAAAGAUACGAGCAGUGCAAGAAACUUUCUGAGCUGCAAGACUACGACUCGCUAGCCCCAGGGGAGGACGACACUCCCCCUCAGCAGCCUGUAAACGAUAGUGAGGAUUCAAGGCAGACCACCUCUCGCCCUCAGACUAUAAAGCUCCCGAGUAUCGACCGCCUCCAAAACCAAGCGGCAUCUGACUCUAGCGUAUCCACAACACCGUCAGCGAUGUCUAACAUAUCAUCAAGCUCGAUUUUCUCGAGCGCUACUACAUCCAGCUCUAUAUCUUCACAGUCCGACACACCAGCCGGGCAUCGACAGCGUCUGAGCGAGCAGAAAUACCCUCUAUUCGUGACAUGGAACACGCUGUCAAAGAGCGGUCGCAAAUCCUUGCGUGGGUGUAUCGGCACGUUUGAGGCGCAGGAACUCUCCCACGGUCUAAAAUCCUACGCUCUCACAUCAGCGUUCGACGACACCCGCUUCUCCCCCAUUCCAAAGUCCCUAAUCCCCUCCCUCUCCUGCUCUCUAACUCUCCUAGGCUCAUUUGAACCCUGCACAAGCGCUUUAGACUGGACAUUAGGCACCCACGGCAUCCGGAUUUCAUUCAUUCACCGCGGCCGCCGCUUCGGAGCUACAUAUCUCCCCGACGUCCCCGUCGAGCAAGGCUGGACGAAAGAAGAAACCAUAAAAUCCCUAAUGCACAAGGCUGGCUGGGAUGGGUCAUCGCAUCAAGAAAGCAGCUCGCACCGGCGAUUUCUGCGCGGCAGCAGCAGUAACAGUAGCAACACUCGCAGUGGGUCUUCGAAAUCAGAGCCAUGGGAGCAAGUCUCGGAUUUUCGGACCGUGAAAUAUCAAGGUCUCAAGGCUUCUGCCGAUUAUACGCAGUGGCAGGAGUGGCGGGAGUGGGUACUUUCCUUGGAUGAUGGGAGUGGGAAGUUGUUGGCUUGAUCAUGGCUUAUCGCCGUUCUGUUUUGUCAUAUGUUAACCAUCUCGCGAUGUAAUGGCAAGAGCAUAUGGCUUGUUACUUUUGA